AUGAAGCCCCAACGAUCAGGCGGCCAAGAAGGCGAGGUUCGAGCAGGGGGUGAACGACCAGCACGCCGAGGUCGGUAUGAAAGUUACAGUAUCUUAUCUGACUCCCAGGACAGGAUCUUCACCACAGAACCCAACAAGGAGGAUUUUGGAAGACCUAACCCUCUAAAAACUCCCGACAAAUACAGAACCAAGAGCAAAUUAUGUGCUUAUCACAACGAAGUGGGGCACACCACCUCUGAGUGUUUGGCGCUGAAAGAUGCAAUUGAAGAAUUGAUCAGGAGGGGUCAGCUACAUGACUAUGUGGUGCAUCCUAGGGAUCAACAGCCCAAACAGUCGGCUCAACAAAGUUCUCAUCGAGCUCCCGAGCAGGACCCAACACCUAUGGGACUUCGAGAAGCUGGCGACCUUCUGCUUGUCAGGGAUGGCAGCCAAGAGGGACCUUCUAAGAAAGCCAAGAUAGCUUCGGAAGACGUUUCUUUCACUAAAGAUGAUUCUAAAGGCGUACACUGGCCGCACAAUGAUGCCCUUGUGAUCCGAUCUCAGAUUGGCAAUGUCGAAGUAUGGAGGGUCAUGGUCGACAUAGGUAGCUCGGUGAAUGUCAUGUACAAGGGAUGUUUUGACCAAAUGAGGUUAAGGCCGGACCAGCUGACAUCCUCUCCGGAGCCACUAUACGGGUUCACUGGCGAUGCAGUAAUCCCGAAAGGACGUAUAAGGCUCCCAUUAACAAUUGGGGAAUCAGACCUCCAGGCCACAGCAAUGGCGGACUUUCUCAUCAUUGACGGUCCUUCCGCUUACAAUGUCAUCAUGGGUAGGCCCACCAUGAACGACCUGGACCUAGUUGUUUCAACCAAGGCCCUGGCCAUCAAAUUCCUGACCCCGAAAGGGACCGGUUGUGUGAGGGGCGAGCAGCAUUAG